ACGGGCCCUGAAUAUCAGACGAUUCAGACCAUCGAAAGAGUUCAGCUACUUGGAUUUUGGCCUAGCCCGUACAGUUACAGAGUGAUAUGGGCUCUGAAGCUAAAGGGCGUCAACUACGAAUACAUAGAAGAAGACUUCCCCAGCAAGAGCGAACUGCUCUUACGAUAUAACCCGGUUCACAAGAAGAUCCCUGUGCUCAUUCAUCGAGGCAAACCGAUCGUCGAGUCGCGCGUUAUCCUCGAGUACAUCGAAGAAACGUGGCCCGAAAAUCCGUUGCUGCCGAAAGAUGCUUAUGAGAGAGCCGUGGCUAGAUUUUGGAUCCAAUUUGGAGAGGAUAAGGGUCUCACUUUCUAUGGUUUCUUUCGAUCAACUACCAGAGAGGCACAAGAGAAAUCUGGCAAAGAAGUCAUCGAAGUACUUAAGAUCUUAGAAGAGCAAUGCCUUGGGGAUAAAAUGUUCUUCGGGGGAAGCUCUUUGGGACUAGUAGACAUAUCAUUUGGAUGGCUUGCGUACUGGUUUGGAGUCAUGGAAGAAGUUGUAGGCGCCAAAUUGUUUGAACCAAAUGCAUUCCCGCGAUUGCAUGCUUGGGCUCAGAACUUCAAGGAAAUUUCUCUGAUCAAAGAAAAUCUUCCCGAUCGCGAGAGAUUGUCGGCUCAUUUCAAGCGCAUAAGGGAGAGUUUCUUCAUAGAUCUCUCAAGCCACAAUGAGUAGUUCUUGUGGUUUUGUUUUGGAUAUGACGAUCAAAUGUUACUUGUGUAUGUGAGUAUAUUUUUAUACAACUGUGAAAAUAAGAGAGGGCAUGUCCUUGACGAAAUUAGAUUCGUAUUAGUUGAUCUUAGUAUUGGACUAAGGUUG